GUGUCCGCAGCGUCAGUGGUUAGCUUGCUAACCGCUAGCCGGCUCGGACUCUCACUCCUCCAGCGGGACUCCCCUCGCCGCCACCGUAUCGGCCUCACCGACGCCUCCUUCUCCUUCUCCUCCUCCUCUCCCUGCUGGUCUCCGGCUCUCCGUCCUCCCGGUGCCGACUGGUCGUCACACCCGAAAAACAAUGUCGGCGAUUCAGCGGAUGAAAGUGGCGAACGAGCGGCACAGCAAGACGAUCACACAGCGGGGACACGUCCAGAAGACAUCGCGGCCAGUAAACGAGGAGAAGUCUCCGGUGGGUCCAUGGCUGCUCGCGCUCUUCGUCUUCGUGGUUUGUGGAUCAGCCAUCUUCCAGAUCAUCCAGAGCAUCAGGCAGGGCAUGUGAUGACCUUUGACCCUAGAGCUGAGCCUGUCACAUGGAGGAGGGGGAGGGGGAGGGGGCUAUGUCGCUGCCAUGACCUCACACACACACACACACACACACACACACACACACACACACACACACACACACACACACACACGUACGUUACUGUGGAGUUUUUAAAUCUGAGCUUUUUUUUCAUCCCACCCAGCAGUAAACACUCUGUUGUUUUGUUUUUUUGUUUUCUUUCAUCACUGUCGAUGAAGCUGAUCAGAUAUGGGUUAUUGAUUGUUUGCUGUGGGUUGUUGCUGAAGUCUUAAGUCCGAUGCAGUCGUCCAGCGGACGGAGACGUUGGUCUGUGGCCGAGCUUGAGCGUCUCUGGUUUAAAGGAACAAGCCGCUGCUUUUUUUGUCUUGGUGACGAAUCACUGCGGAGACUCACCGGGUAACGUGACCUGCUCACACUCACUCUGCUGCUCUUUAAUUAGACUCGUUAGAUUCAUUGAUCCGCUGCGAUCAGAUAUAUCUCGUGCUUGAUUCAGCGUAAAAGUCCUGCAAUUGAAUUCUGCCUCAUGUUUCCAAGUUCCGAUCCGUCCGUUCAGCUGUGGCAAAACCACCGCGAGAGAAACUCAGCCAGCCUGUAUAAGUAGGCUUUUAAUGUGAAAAACCCACUAGGAAGUUGUUUACAUGCGGUAGCUUCUCGUGGAUCAGGAGUUGAUGUUGUGACGUGAUACACAGAACACUGGAUAACUGAGAGGACUUUUAUUUCACAGUCAACAAACUAACACAUAAACAUGGAGGGGGUGGGGCUUAUGACCUGUACUGCAGCCAGCCACCGGGAGAGGGCGAUCUUUCAUGUCGCCCAUCUUAAUUCACAGUGUAGUCGUAAGCAAUGUUCAGAUGUGUGGGACGUCCGAGAUGCAGCUGGAUGAUUUAAACGCUUUCAGAUGCAGAGUCUGGACGUUCCUCAUGACGUUCACGUCGAAAUUCUUGUCCUGCCGCAAGUUCACAGAAUUCAAAACCAGACGUUUGCAGUGACUAAAAUUUUUUUUUUUAAAUCAAAGCGGUCAAACACAAAGGACCGAAAAGCCGCAGUGAUGUGACGAACUCGAUUCACGGAGGACUAAAACCCUCAGAGUCAAGUCUUUGUUUUGGUGUAAAUAAUUCACAGCAGACGGAAGCAGCUUCUUCCACCUGGUUCUCAGCUCAGCGCCUCCUGCUGGACGACCUGCUCCACUUUUAUACUAAAUAAACCUCAGAUAUUUUCUCUAAA